UAGAAAUGUAAAUAUAGGAUCGACAGCUUUUACUAAAAAACUUCGACCGUUGUCGCUGAUCUGUAUAGAUUUCUGUACUUGUUGUCACCGAUAAAUUACAUGCAAACCCAGAAAGUUACGCAAGUAUACCCCGGGGAAUUGCCAAAACAAAAAGGUGCUGUGGUUGUGAGCCAUCUAAACAGCUAAAAGUAUUAAAAGCUUUAGUCAAAGUCUAAAGUAGAUCAUACAUAUUUAAGAUAUUUUACACGUGGCACAUGCAUUUAUGUUCUAGCACUUUCAUUUCAGAGUUUCGUAAUGCCUGCAGGCCAACAAAUUUCAGAAGUUGAUCGAAGAAAAAUCGACGCGAAGUUCCUCUGUUCGAAAUGUGAGCUGUUGCUGAAUGAACCGAUGCAAACCCCAUGUGGACAUUUGAUGUGUAAAAGCUGUGUCCAAGUUAUUUUGAGGUAAUUUUGCCCUCGCUAUAGCCUAUAAUAUAUUGUUUAGAAUGAUGACUCGUUUUCAUGGCGGAAAUCGGUGCACGAAUUCGCAUACAACUAACCGUACAAUAAGCGGACGAAUUUACGUAUAUAUACGGUUCUGGACUCGUUCAGACCUGCCAAGGUUCCCGCAUUUCGCGUGAAAGUUACGCAUUCUGCUUUUGUUCCCGCUGUCCCGCACGCAUAACUAAAAUGAUCUUAAAGUUACGCAUAUAUCCCACUUUUCAUGGCAUGCAACCUUGCCUGGAAUAAUAUAAUAGUACAAUAACUCAUUGACACUGUGUGCAAACGUUUUGAAGACGUCUAAAUCAUAAAACUAUAUGAAAUCUCACCAUUUCUAUUGACAUGCCAUGCAAUAUCAGAGCUGCCAAGUGCCACGCAUUUGGCCUGAAAGUUACGCUUUUAAAUUUUGGUUCCGUAGAUAUUUUAGCCCAAUUUCACCUAUGAGUAUGAACAAUUGUGGAGGAGCCUUGCCUCUGUCUUAGUCAAAUCUUACAUUUUGUUAUUACGCAAUACCGUUAGAGAAGCCAAGCUGUGAGAUGUCACGCAUUCUUAUCUUCCGAACUUGGCAGGUCUGCUCGUCCACGUGCCUUGUAGACAUAGUCAUUGAGAGCCCGUUCAUAUGUUUAUAUUACCCAGCAAGGUGUGUUACUCUGCAACUGCAAGAUGAAGACUACUAGAGAUAUAGUUUGACUGUUUACAUGCAUGAGUGAUGUAAACUGAGUAAUAUAAAUCGGGUGACUGUUUACAUGACCAGUCCACAACCGGGUAAUCCGCCUUGGUGAUACAGAUGUUAGCAGAAAGAGCUGGGAUCUCGCCUAAGAGGACGUAAUCACAACCUAUUCGGUCAAAUAUAUAUAUAUAUAUACUAAGGUAACUCGGUUCCUUAUCAUCAGAUUGUUCCUUUGUCCCGGUAAGGCGAAUAACUCGCCUUACCGGGUAACUCACCAGCUCCAUAUAAAUGGGGCCCUGCAUGGUAAAGUCUUAAGGACACGGACGUAGUAAAAAUCUCAAGUUAUGUUGAGCUUUUCCAUGUAUAAAGUAAACCAUGUACAAGGAGUGGAUUGUUUCACUUGCUGCAGGACUUGAUGUCACGAUCAUGCUUGUGGUCUAUAUAUAUAAAACUAAACGGACGGAUUUUUAUAUUUCAGCCAUGCCAAUCCAGUGUGUCCAAAAGAUGGAGCCUCGCUUAAUGAGAAGGAAGUAAGUUAACUAUUCUCCGUCUCAAGAUUUUCCCUUUAAAGUGAUAUUGAUUGUAGUAAAACUCGUAUAUCAUCUAAAUCACCACCUUAAAAAUUUAGUUAAACUAGUAAAAUCAAUUAAACAUGUAAACAUUUGACAAUGUUUGUAUCAAAUAUAGCCAUGCACUUACUUAGCCACUUCAUGGCAUGAUCCAGUGAUCAGAAUGUUCCAUUGUCUUUUAAUUGUUUUGAAAAUUCCACUGUUUUCCAUGCCAUCUAGUUUUAUCGACUACGUAUGUAAUUGGUUAAUCGGGUAGAUUAAACGCAUCUGAUUGGUUAGUGGUUUCUGAAUGAUAGCGAUAGUAGCAGUUUAAACCUCACUAUUAUGGCCUAUAACCUUGGCACAUAAUAAAUAGCCCUCCAGAACAAAACCAUAUAAAUGAAGACACCAUACAAAAUAAUUUUUUCCUAGAUUUUUCUCGAUGGUUACACAAAGCGAGAACUAAUGUCGUUGGAGCUACAUUGUUUAAAUAAUGAAUGUAAUUGGUUUGGGGCGGGAAAAGAUUUGCAGGUAAAUAAUUCUGCGACUGUAAAUAACUGUAUACUUUGUAUAUUCGUGUUGUACUAAUGUUCGCUCAGUCUUAAAUCAAACUUAAUUUCGCGCGAUGUAAUUUAGCGCACCUCGCUAAAUGCGAUAUUUUUGCGCAGUUUGAUUUCGCGCACGCUGAAACGGACGGUACAAAACUAGAAAAUCACACUAACUGAUAAAUUAAAGUUUUUUCUGUAUUAAGUGUUAUAACGGUCAUAUUUCUUUUUAGGCUCACAUCGACUCAUGUGAGUACACCGUGAUAAUAUGUGUUCAUACUCCAUGUAAAGCUAAAAUCAAACGUUCACUCCUGGCAGAACAUUUAAAGGAAGAAUGUCUAUAUCGAUCAGUCCAGUGUGAAAAUUGUCAAGAAACGCUGCCUUUUGCUUCUGUGGAGGUAUGUUCACACAAGUCAAGCUAUUUUGGGGAUUAGAGAUAUGAAACACUGCAGUUGCUUCAACCUUUUUUAACGCCAUCUAUUAUCAUUUAAUUGCUGGUUUAAUUGCACGCUGAUCUUUACCGCUGGCAUAAGCCUGGUACAGUAUAGGUACACAUCUCAGCUGUGCCCUUCUCAAUCAUCUCUCAACUGCAACACCUCCCCUCUACCUUGGACCAUGGUGGACCAUGGAACCAUUGGUUCCCGGAAAAUUUUGAAGUCUGCUGAAAAAAAUUUGGAAAAAUCUGAAUAUUAAAUCAAGGAAAAACUCGAUCAAAAAGGGAAGAACUGAAGUUCAGCGCAUACAAAGAAAAUAUAUUCCCUUACUUUUACAGUGAAUUAAAAUUUUCUAUUUUAUGCAAUUGUCUAUUUUAUACAAUUGUCUAUGCUUAUUUUUUUGUAUAGAAACAUGUAUCAGAAAGUUGUCAGGCAGCUCCUCUCACAUGUGAAUAUUGUCAGUUAAAGAAUAUACCUCGAAAGGAAAUGAGAAAGCAUCAGACUGAGGAAUGUGAAGAAAUCGACGUGGAAUGUGAUUUUAAAUCAAUUGGCUGCGACUAUACUAAGGUUAGUGUGUUGGUACACUGUAUUGGUUGAUUUCAGUGAGGCUGACAGCACAGCCAACUUCAAAAGUGUGUGGACAGUUAAAAUUAAACUACAUCUCUGACAAGACUAUUACCAGACUACGACAUAUAUUUAGAAGAAUGAACAUUAUUUUCUCACUCUGAUAACUGCAGGUUGACUACCAUCUGUUGCACGGCGAUAGUGCUUAGUAGUGAAGCCACCUGUUGUUCAACAAAUGGUGAUCAACUUUAGGUAUUAGAGAGAGAAAAUAAUGGUCAUUCUUUUCAUAUAUGCAGAGAUGGAUUUACUGGAAAGGGGGAGGGGUGUACACCCUUCCUUGCCUUUGCAAAUGGGGGGGGCUGAAAAGCGGAUUUAGAACGUUAGCGGCAGUUACAAAAACAAAAAUAAAAUCGAGAUAAAAUGAGCUAGUAACAUGAUCGUGAAAUUGUCAAACAAGAUCACAGACUAGUGCCUUCCUGCCGUAGUUCCCUCUAGUGAUUACGCACUUGUCAUGGCCAAUGGUCGAACCCAGAACGAUGUCCAAUGGUCGAUGAGUACACACCCACCCAUCCCCCAACUGAAUCCCCAUUCCUGUAUAUUUCUAUUAGUCUUGAAAGAUGUAAUUUAAUUUUCCUGCUUUCCAAUCAUGUUUUGUAUUUAUAAUACGACUUCAGUCCGUUAACGAUUUCGAUAAUGUUAUUUAUUUAGGUGAGUAAAAGAAAAGAGCUUCGCAAGCAUUACAAGGACGCGUCUCGUCUUCACAUUCGGCUGUUGUUGAGAUUUAUUUUCGAAUUGCAAGGCGGCAUGCAAAACCUUGCUCCGAAAUUCGAGAAUUUUGCCACGAAGCAACUGGUUUUGGACGAAGUCAACAGAGUAAAAGAUGCAAUUUCGGCCGAAAUUAAAACCAUGGAAAGUAAAUUCUCCACAAUGAUGGGAACUGUAGAUGGUUUAAUAAGAAGAUUGGAAAACGUGGAUUUAAAUAGAGCAAGUAGUUCUAACGGUUCAGGAAGUAACGCUGAAAUCAGACGAGUUGAGGUGGGAAUGGGGAAGGAAAUAGAAAGGUUACAAGCAAAAAAUAACAGGCUUGAAACACAACUAAGGGAAACAAUGGAGGCGAUAGAAAGAUACCAAAAUAAGAUGGAACAGAUUGAUCAAUCCGUUGCUGUUAUAACAGCCAGGUUUGCAGACCUCGAACCAAGAGAACCGUCUCAAAGUAUUCAAACUAAAGUGAACUACACUGGUGUAUUACUUUGGAAGAUUGAAGGCUACCAGAGGAAGCGACAGGAUGCUAUCAAUGGAGUGAAGACUACCAUAUUUAGUCCAUAUUUUUACACCAGUGAGUUUGGAUAUAAGAUGUGUGCUAAACUAUAUAUGAAUGGAGAUGGAUUUGGAAAGGGAUCGCAUUUAUCUUUGUUUUUCGUUGUGAUGAAAGGCGACUACGACGCUCUUUUAACCUGGCCGUUGCAAAAGAAGAUCACGAUGAUGCUGUUGGAUCAAGGCAAUGGAGAUCAUAUGAUUGAUGCGUUUAAUUCAGAUCCUCAAAGUUCUUCGUUUCAACGUCCCAAGUCUGAUAUGAAUAUCGCGUCAGGUUCCCCGCUCUUUAUGCCUCUUGGUAGCUUGAAUAAUCGUCAGUAUAUCAAGGAUGAUGUGAUGUUUAUUAAGAUUAUUGUCGAUUGACCAGGGGCCAGUUGUUCGAAGCCCGUUUAGCUUAAACGGUGGAUAAGUCAAACUUAAAUAAUAGAUUCACACAUUUUAUAAAUGAUACUAAAAUCUCAUACACUAAAUACAUAGUUGCAAACAUAAUUGUUCUACUCAAGUUGGAAUAUUUUAGUUUGGUUACUUGAUGAAUGUAUAAACUUGAUUAAUAUUUUUGACUUAUCCACCGCUUAGCCUAAACGGGCUACGAACAACCGGCCCCUGGUCAUAGUGUGUCAUUCCACAUGCGCAAUUGAUGCUUUCUCCAUAAGGAUUCAUUUAAAUCCUAACGUUAUAACUGCGUGAGAGUGGCAUGAUGCUCCAAUGCUCUCGGUUUUUUCCGACGUCUCCCAAAAGACUGUUUAUCUUAAAGAAAAGAAGUUUAAAAUGAAAAAUUCCACGUUAAAAUAGCAGAAGUAAUCACCAUUUUAAAACAAACAUUAGAAAACUUACUUGAAAUUGGUCACAAAAUUCCGAGAGCAUUAUCCUAGUAAGAAUUGGAGAGUUAUAACCAACUGUUUAACCAUCCAUUACGUUCCUUUCAUAUAUUAACCACUAUAUAAAAUUGCAAUUUGCAUUCAAAAAGUUGACUUGUUUUAAGGCCAGCAACACCUGGCAACGUGAUUCGACAAUGCGGCGUGAUUUUUCUAUAUCCACUGACAGAUAACUUUGAUCCUGGUUAAAAUUUUUCCAAUAUUUAGAUGUGGCAUGACAUUUUGAGUUAUUUGGUCCACAUAUCUUUCAAAAUUUCCUUUCAUAGACGGUUUUAUUUACUUUCAAAAACUGGAAAGUCUCGUUGCCGAAUCACGGCCAGUGUAUAUCUGCAUGGACAUGGUUCUUUAAAACAAUUUUUUACUUUUACUUUCUUUAUUUUGCUAUAUACACAUCAGACAAAAUAUGCUAGUAUAAUUAUUGAACGAACGCCUCUAUUGUCGGUGUAUAUAUAAAACACAAAUGAUUGGUUAAACAGUUGAAUACUCUGAUAUGCAUAUUUUUAAAUCUUCCCAAUCUCAUCUAUAUGUUAAACUGUAAUUUUUUGAUGACGUAGAACGCGUCAGUUGUCACUAUGAACUGGCAUGUUGCAAAAACCAGAAACAUUGUAUAUUCAGGUGUGUUCCCUAGUUCUAGUACAUCACGAUACAAAUUUUGAUAACUUGUAAAUAGUUUUAUUAUACAUAAUGCAAUAAAUUAUUCAUCAUAAAAUUAUUAGCCAUUCUUAGAUCCUUUUAGAGACAUUUAGUUGUAUAGUAUUUUAAUAUUUUCUUAACUUGUAAAUAUAAGUGUAAUUCAGCCUAUUGGCUGCAAUGUUUAUAUGAAAUAAACUAUCUAUCUAUCUAUCUAUCUAUCUAUUAUGAAGUAAAUUAGUAAUUCUGCAGCUUAAACCUUAGUUCUUAUGACGCAUCCGUCAUUGCAUGGCUGCUAUCUUUACUUGCACAUUUUGCUACUGGAUAAUGCAUAUUAAUUGAUAUUUGUCGUAUAUAGCGGACAAACGGAUAAUUUCUUUACAAAUAAUUGUAUGACUAUAGUAACUAUAAGUAUAUAUAUUUUGUUGUUUAUUAAACCGAGUUGAUCAGAAGUAAUCGCUGUUAAUUUUAGAAU